UCUCUGCAUUUUCGUGUGCUCUUCGUACUCCAGCUAAAGACACCUUCUCCGCGCCUAUACUGUAGUGUACUCCGCCUCCAGUUCUCUUAGCAAAGUGGUAAUCUCGUCCAUAAUCUUCUCGCUAAAAGCUUGAUCGCUCUCUCCAAUGAGCAUGCACCAUCUUCUUCUCUUCGUUUCCUUGGACGCCUCCUCCGUUGCCAUCUGCACACUCUUUCUCACGAAAAAUGCGCUCGUGCUGCUCUUGCUUGGUCACCCUUGUCCCGCUCGUCUACAAGCUUUCGUUGUGCCAGAUAGUCUAGCUAAUGAGAAGAAUCACUCGAUCUUGCGAUGAGAGAAAUGCGAUUGCACCUUGAACAAACCGGAUGAAGACCUCGUGAAGAGGCGUCUGUCUUU